AUGAAUAACAGAAGUAUUCCUACUGCUACUACCAAUACUGCUGAUAGUAAAUAUAGAAAUAAUAAAAAGAGAUCAUGUAUUAAUAGUAAUAUUUCAGAUAAGAAAAAUAAAAAAGCUAAAAAGAAUUUUGACUUUUCAAAGCAUAAUAGACGAUUCAUCGCUUUGAAGUUUGCCUACCUUGGCUGGAAUUAUAAUGGUUUAGCUAUUCAAAAAGAUCCAACAGUUUUACCCACUGUUGAGGGUACAAUAUUAGAAGCUAUGAAUAAAUGUAAACUUGUACCUUCAAUGGUCCCGCAAGAUUAUAAAUUUAGUCGUUGCGGUAGAACUGAUAAAGGUGUUAGUGCCAUGAAUCAAGUCAUUUCGUUAUGGGUCAGGUCCAACUUAAGUGACGAAGAACAGAAAGAUCCUCUAAAUGAUGAAAGAGAAAUCCAAUAUGCACACAUUCUUAACCAAUUAUUACCUGAUGAUAUAAGAAUAUCUGCAGUAUCUUUAAGACCUCCAAAGGGAUUUGAUGCCAGGUUCAGCUGUCAAGCUCGUCAUUACAAAUAUCUUUUCAAAAAGGAAGGGUUAAACAUUGAUAAAAUGAAUGAAGCUGCUAAAAAGUUUAUAGGAGAGCAUGAUUUUAGAAAUUUUUGUAAGAUAGAUGGAUCUAAACAAAUCACAAAUUAUAAUAGAACCAUAUAUUCGUCUAAUAUCUUACAUGUUAAUGAUGAUUUUUAUUGUUUUGACUUGGUAGGUUCAGCAUUCUUAUGGCAUCAAGUUCGUUGUAUGAUGGCUGUCCUAUUCCUUAUUGGUCAAGAACUUGAGACUCCCAAUUUAAUUUCGGAAAUGUUAGAUAUUGAACUUACCCCACAAAAACCAAUUUACGAUAUGGCAAGUGAUGUCCCUUUAAUAUUGUAUGACUGUAAAUUUCCUGAAAUGGAAUGGAUAGAAACUAAUCUCAAUGAUUAUAAAGCUGUAAAAUAUGGGAAAGCAGUUGAUACCCUAGCAUUAAAUUAUCAAUUAAAAUCUUCAAUUGUUACAAUUUUCAAGAAUAUUUUACCGACUAGCAAGACAACUAUUGAUGACAAAAUAAGGAUCAAUCUAGGUAAUGGAAAGGGUCAAGUACUGUCACAGUAUAAAAAAAUGAAAGACCGUGACGUCAUGCAAUCAGUAGAUGUCAUUAAUGCAAAGUUUAGGAAAAGAAAGACAAAAAAACAAACAAUUGUUGAAACAAAUAUAUAA